AUGAAAGAGAGGACUUCUGAAGACUCUAAAUGUAAAAGUAAAGCGAUGGAAAAUACUGAUUCAGAAAUAGAGUCUGCUGCACAUUUACCAACUUUUGUCAAUGUCUCAAAUGCUCUGGUUUUCCAAAAGUGUGCAGAAAUGAGCUUCAGUUUAAAGCUUGGCAAAAGUCACGGUCGUGGUUCAACUGGGUCGGUUAUGUGCAGUAUUUGUAUAGAAGCAAAGUCUUCUACACUAGCAAGUGAUGUGACACCUGGUUGUCGUAAGGACAGGGCUUUAAUUGAUGAAACUCUUGGCGGAAAACUGCCAAAAAAAUUGCUAAAAAAAAUUGAUAAACACCAACAAUCAAAAUGCUACCCAUACCCCCUAGUUGUGAGGAUUUUCGCGCCUUAA